AUGGCCAUCGCCGACGCCACGGCGAAGCCCUCGCCGCCGCCGCCGCCGCGGUUCGUCCUCGCGGUGCUAGCGCUCGUGCCCUUCGUCCUCGCCCCGAUGCUGGCGCUCGGGCGCGUCGUCCGCUUCGCGGCCCAAGCGCUCCCCUACCUGGGCUACGCGGUCAUCUGGGUUCUCGCCGCGGCCUCGGCUGCCAAGGUCGUGGCGGCCCGCGCCUGGGGCGACGGCUCCGCCCCCGCCGUGCUUCUCCAGGCGCUCACGGACGCGGCUUUCAAGGUCUCCCUACGCGGCACCUUUCUCUUGCUCGCGCUUGCCGCCGUUCUGCUGUGCGGCGCUUGCCUGGCCUUCAUGGUGGCAGCUGUAUCUGGCUCCGGUUCCGAGUUCAAGAAGGGCGCCCUUGGAGCAUUCAAGCAGCAUUCGACUCGGGAGUUUUUCCCCCGCACUGCAGUUCUUGGAUGGGUCGCGUAUGUGCCUUUUAUGCUGCUGCUUUUCACUGGUUAUCUGAUCCAAGACAUGAUGCCGUCACCUGUGGAUGGAUCCAUAUCUAAGGGGGAAAUGAUUGGAUCUGUGAUCGUGGAUGUGGGGGUAGUUGGCACCAGUGCAAUAUCCUGCUUCGUUGUCAUUCCAGCUUUAGCACUGCGUAACUGGAGGGAUAACCAGUCGGACAGAAAAGCAGGACUCACUGUCUGAGACAUAACCCUGAACUGAAGGUGUGAGGAAACGCUGGGCAGAUACAAGAGACUUCGCUGAAGAUUAUGGCCACUGACAAGUACUGGAUCAUAGUACAUGUAUUCCACGACUGUAUAUUGGUCCACUGAAUGCUCCAUGUGUGCUAGGAGCUCUCAUGAUUGGACAUUG